AUACGCAAAACUGGUGACACUGUAUUGCACAUUGCUUCGAGGGAAGGCCACGCGAAUAUGCUGGCGAUAUAUAUAAGUUAAAGUAGGUUCGACGUUGCAAAUUUCGAAGGCAAGCGACCCCUUCACUGCGCCCAGUUCUGUCACGAAGCAUGCGUGCAUUUUCUUCUGGAAGUUGCUCACGUGCAAGUUGAUUCCCUCAAGAGAGCUGACUGGACUCCCUUAAUGCUUGCCUGUGCGAAGAAUGGAAACAUUGCUGUUGCACGUUGCUUACUCAUGCACGGAGCAAAUCCACUACUGCGGAACAUGGAUGGAUGGAAUGCAUUCCAUAUUGCAUGCAGACAAGGUGAUGCAGCCAUGGUGAAAUAUCUGCUUGACCAGUUUCCGGAUAUCUGGAUGACAGCCAGUAACAAUGACCGCACACCUUUACACACUGCAGCUCUACAUGGUUUAGUCGGUGUAGUUCAGCUUCUACUCACAAGAGGGCACUACGAUGUCAGUUCAGCUGAUAGCUGUGGCAGCACACCCCUGAUGGAUGCAGUUAGAGGAAACAGUGUCCCAGUAGCAAAAAUGCUGGUAUUUGAUUGCAAGGCUGCUGCAGACACUUGUGAUAAAUUAGGCAGAGCAGCAAUUCAUCUGGCUGCGCAGGCAGGAAGCCUUGAAUCUGUCUCAUGGCUCAUUGACAAGUGCAACAUUCAUCCAGACGUGAAAACCAGAGAUGGAUUAACUCCACUGCACUUUGCAGCAAAGGAAGGCCAUGUGUCCAUGCUGGAACAUCUCAUCUCCCUUGAUGCAGACAUCAAUACUAUUGAUGCCAAAGGUCGCACAGCUCUGCAUUUGGCCACCGGAGGGCAGCACGCAAGCUGUGUGACGAUGCUGCUCAGACACAGUGCCAUGGAUCAAGCAGACGUCGGCGGAUUAUCUGUGAAAUCAUUGGCAUCGAAUAACACUGUACAGUCUUGUUGACUCAGUUUCUCAGUGGAGUGGUUUUUGCUUUCGCGUGAUUUAACAUUCUCAUGGAAUGUUGUGUAACUACCUAUUUGGUCAUUGGAGGUUUUACCUCACGAUUGCUGUUAAUAAGAUGGUGUUCGGAGAACGGCACUAGUGUCAGGUUCAGGGUACGUCUGUCCAUCCGUGCGUGAACUCGUUUUCUCUCAUCAACAGUAGUGACAUCAAGACCUAAUAAUACCUAUUACUAUCCUAUCCUAUACCUAUCCUACCUAUACCUAUCCUAUCCUAUACCUAUCCUAAUCCUAUCCUACCUAUCCCAAUAAGGUACCUCUUAUAAUAUAAGGUAUUAUUAGCUCUUGGUGACAUGGAUCCAUAUAAACUGUUUUGCUUGCAAUGAUAAUAUUUGGCAUAUGGAAGGUCAAGCAGCAAAUAAAUUGCAGGAAUAAACUGCAGGUCACCUGACAAAGUACUGGGGGUAGGACAAUGUCGGAUGUAGGACAAUGUAGGACAAUGACUGAUAUUUAACUUGACCUAUGGGACUGGCAACAUUGUGCAGUGCGCACCUGUUAGGUAGCUGACCACUGAACAGUCAGCCAAUGUCGGUGUGACCGUUUGACUUGUAGUUAAAUGUCAAACCUCACAAUUUCAACCCUAUUUUAAACAUCAUAGAUUCAAUUUACAAAUAUCAAAGCAUCUGUAAUUAGAUGUGCAUCUAUUUUGUUCCAUUAGCAGUGGGCUGCUAAUGGUAUUAUUAAAGUAUAUGCAGAAA